CUCCUCACCCACGACACCCACCCGCAGGACUCGUCAACACGUCGACGUGCUGCACUUCGUAUCUUGCUCCCGCUGCGAAUAGCUUCCGUCAUCUCGCAACAACCACUCUCGCGUCAUGGCUGACAACGCUUGGGGUGCUACCCCCGCUGCCACCGAGGCCGAGGCCGGUGCCUGGGGCACUUCGGAUCUUCAGUCGGCACUCGCUGAGACCAACGGCCACGCUGAUCAUCACUCAACCAACACUGAGAACGGCGCCCCUGCCCCCGUUGUGCAGGUCGUCCCUCCCAAGCUUGAGGGUUGGGUCGAGGCGACUCCGUACCAGUACGACGAAUUUGCCAAUCGUGAGACAGAGUGGGAUGGCCAGGCCCGCAUCUAUGAGUGGGAUGGCGAAGAGGGCGACAUUGGCCCCGAGUUCCCGGAGUUGGAGGUCCAGCUCUUUGGUCCCGUCGAGGAACGCGGCCGCAGGGGUAUCGACUUCUCCGCCAUUGCUGAGCUCCAGCUUGUCCAAGAGGGACCUACUCGUGUCGAGCCUAUCGACUCUUUCAGGGCUGCUGGCCUGCACCCAGCCAUGCUCCGCAACGUCGAGCUUGCGGGCUACGAUGUGCCAACCCCCAUCCAGCGCUACUGUGUCCCCGCGAUCAGCCAGGGACACGAUGUCAUUGCCAUCGCACAGACUGGUUCUGGUAAGACAGCGGCUUAUCUUAUUCCCAUCAUCAACAAGCUGAUGGGCAAGGCGAAGAAGUUGGCGGCCCCUCGUCCCAACCCCGCCACCUAUCAGCCCGGAAUCGACCCGCCCUGCAGAGCUGAGCCUCUCGUCGUUGUUGUCUGCCCCAGCCGUGAGCUGGCGGUUCAGAUCUUCAAUGAGGCCAGAAAGUUUUGCUAUCGUUCUAUGCUGCGCCCUUGCGUCCUUUACGGCGGCGGCCCGAUGAGGGAGCAGAUGGAGCAGAUUGCGAAGGGCUGCGACAUCCUCGUCGCAUCUCCCGGUCGUCUGAUCGACUUCAUGGAUCGCCCGGAGAUCCUGUCGUUGCGCCGUGUCCGCUACAUGGUGAUUGAUGAGGCAGACGAGAUGCUUGAUGCCGAUUGGAAGGAUGAUCUCGACCAGAUUCUCUCUGGUGGUGACCAGGAAGAGGGCAACAUCAAGUAUAUGCUGUUUUCAGCUACUUUCCCCAAGGCCGCUCGUGACCUUGCCAAGACUCAUCUUGCCGACAACCAUGUGCGCCUCCGCGUUGGACGUGCCGGAAGCACCCAUAGCAACAUCAAGCAGGACAUCGUCUGGGUCGAGCCCUAUCUGAAAAAGCAAGCUUGCCUCGAUCUCCUCAACACGGUGCCUCCCGGCCGCACCAUCAUUUUCGUCAACAGCAAACGCGCUGCUGAUGAGCUCGAUGACUUCCUGUUCAACAAGGGAGUUCCUUGUGUCAGUAUGCACGGCGAGAGAACCCAGAGGGAGCGUGAGGCUGCCAUGCGCGCCUUCCGUGCCGGAAGAUCGCCCGUGCUGAUCACUACCGCCGUCACUGCUCGCGGUAUCGAUGUGCGUAACGUUUUGCACGUCAUCAACUUCGACCUCCCCUCCGCCAUGUAUGGUGGUAUUGAGGAGUAUACUCAUCGCAUCGGUCGCACUGGUCGUAUCGGCCACAGAGGUCUUGCCACCUCUUUCUAUACCGAGCGUGACGAGGAUCUCGCUUCUGUUCUAACCCGGACUCUCCUCGAGACCGGUCAGGAGAUCCCGGACUUUCUCCAGCCAUACAUCCCCGAGGACACAGAGCAUCUUCACUUCGAGGCCGAUUCGGACUUUGAGGAGGAGGUUGCCGGCGGCGAUGAUGUUGGCGGUGAUGACGCUGGCGAUGGCUGGGGCGCUGGUGGUGACGCCGGUGGUGACGCCGAUGAUGCUGGCGACGGCUGGGGCGCUGGCGGUGAUGCCGGCAAUACCUCUGUGCCUGCUACCAAUGACUAGUAAUCGCAGCACAGGACACAGCACAAUCUGACGGAGGCGCUUGAGGUUUGUUUCCGGGUUGAGCCACCACAAGUUUAUGGUGACUUGUGGUUUGUCAGGUAUUUCUCCGACCAGCAGCAGGUUAACGGGUCUUUUGCAACGGCAUCUAGGUGUAAAAUGGAGGCUGUAUUGGAAGGGUACCGUUGGACCAUAAUGAUAUCGUGCAAGGUCAUCGGAUAUAAGGGUGAGGUAUUGGAUCUCCAUUGGUAUCAUGAUGCUUGGAGUUCUUGGAGGUAGUCCAUAAUAGGUGAUAGUUAAGACCUUGACGAUCUAGUCUUUGUGCCUGCAGUUGACCGUGAUGAGUGUGA